AUGUCUAAACUCAACCCGGUAACUACGCACAGAGAGUUCUCUGGUUUGCCCGGAACCAUUGCAAUUACUUUUGGUUUAGCGGGUGUGAUACUUGCUUUUGGAUUUUUAAUAAACGAAACAUACUGUAUUGAUGGAGUCAAUAUACAAUGGGAUGAAGUCUGGAAACAAGUACCUCUGUCAAAGGAAGAUAUUAUUGAAUUGUUUUUUGACAAAACAACCUGGGUGGCGUAUUUGAUUUGGUUCUCGAUAUUGGCAGUGUUGGAUAUUAUCUUACCUGGUAAAGAAAUGAAAGGAAUUACUUUACGUGAUGGUACACAAUUGGACUAUAAAAUUAAUGGAUGGCCUAUGAUUAUGUUGUUGCUUACUAUUUUGACUAGUAGAUUGGCUAUAAGUUCUGAUUACUAUUUGCCUGAAUUGGCCUUUUUAUACAACAACCAUUUAAAAUUAACCGGCACAACAAUUGCCUUUUCAUUUAUUCUUGCCACCUUGGUCUACAUUGCUUCCUUUAUCCCACUUAGAGGUAAAAAUGGUAUGGGAACCAAAGAAAGAAUAUUGUCAAUUAAUGGAAAUACCGGCUCCCCGUUCUAUGAUUGGUUUAUUGGAAGAGAAUUGAAUCCUCGGAUUGGGUAUUUGGAUAUUAAAUUAUUCUGUGAGUUAAGACCAGGAUUACUUCUUUGGUUCUUGAUCAAUCUUUCUUGUAUUCAUCACCAAUAUCAUAAAUUGGGUUUUGUUUCUGACUCUUUGAUACUAGUAAAUGUUUUACAAGCAUUCUAUAUUGUUGAUGGAGUUCAAAACGAAGAAGGUGUUCUUUCAAUGAUUGAUAUCACCACUGAUGGGUUUGGAUAUAUGCUUUGCUUUGGUGAUUUGGCUUGGUUGCCUAUAUCAUAUUGUUUACAAGCAAGAUAUUUACUGAUAAAACCCUUAAACUUGGGAAUAACUAAUUGCUUGUUAGUGAAUGGAGUAAUGGCAUUAGGGUUUUAUAUUUUCCAUCUGGCAAACCAGCAAAAGUCCGACUUCAAACAAGGAAAGCUUGAUCACUUGAACUUGAAACUGAUAAAGACAAAAACUGGAUCAAAAUUACUUUGUGAUGGAUGGUGGGGAUUAUCUCAACACAUUAACUACUUGGGAGAUUGGUUUAUUGGAUGGAGUUGGUGUCUAACCACUGGAUUCGAGACUCCAUUAACUUAUUUCUAUGUUAUUUACUUUGGAUCCUUGUUGUUCCAUAGACAAACAAGAGAUGAGAUGAAGUGCAGAGCUAAAUAUGGGUCAACUUGGGAAGAGUAUGAACGGAAAGUUCCUUACAAAAUCAUUCCUUACAUCUACUAA